AUGGCUUUAUCCACAAUUCUAUCGUCAUCUUCCCACCUCUAUAUUCCAAAGAGCCGUACGAUUCCGCGACGAACAAUUCGCUCUUCUUCUACUUCUGUUUCGUCACCAGUUUCGAUUCAGUUCGAUCUCAAAACGUACUGGACGACGCUGAUUGCGGAGAUUAAUCAGAAGCUUGACGAAGCCAUUCAAAUUCAGUACCCACAACAGAUCUAUGAGGCCAUGCGUUACUCUGUUCUGGCUAAAGGUGCCAAAAGGGCCCCGCCGGUCAUGUGCGUCGCCGCCUGCGAACUCUUUGGUGGCGACCGCCUCGCCGCCUUCCCCACCGCCUGCGCCCUCGAAAUGUAA